AUGCCGCCGGCUGCAGUCAAAUAUGAGAAAGUCGAUGCUAUUAAAAAGGCAAUCGGUGACGCAACAGGUCUAAAUGUGCUCGUGAAAGACCUGCAGUAUCAUCACGAAGAGGGAUCACUCAUCUACGAUAUAACGGAUCUUCGAUUGGUGCUAGUGAAUCGCACAACAUCGGAAAUCAUCCCAGCCGAGAAAGCCAUAGCGAUUGCGGACAAGCAUCGAUCGGAUAUGGGACCACGAGUGCCGAAUAUGACCAAGGCGCAGGUGACUUCUUCGCCAGUGCUGCAUCAAUCCAUUCCUCCACUCGCCUAUGUGCUCUCAGUUUUCGCUCUUUCACUUACGAUGAUUUUCAUGAUAUUCGGAUUCAUGAUGUGCCAUUACAGAAACAGGUUCAAACGGGAGAAGAAGCUCCGAGAAGACGACGUCAUCAUCGCCAACACUCUAGUCAGACCACCCGUGAGGCCGAUAUCGAUGUCACCCAUGAUGCCUACACACAAAUACACUCCACAUCUUCCGGCUAUCGACGGGGAAUACGGUGUACAGGAGGUGAAGAUGGUGGUCGGUGGCGGUGAUGAUAAACACCGACGGUCGAAACCUUGGUAA